AUGCUACUGCAGCUGGGAUACCUCGCUAUUCUCGUACACUAUAUUAUCCGCCCGCCUUCAAGGCCCAUCAUAAGCGCAUCAAGCAGGGUCGGAGCGCGAGAGAUCUUGCUGAUUAUUUAUACUAUCGCCUCGCUCUGUCGAAGGUGGACUUCAUAUGCAAUACCAUACCUCUUUGUAUUGUCAGCGUUUUUGUCCAGUCUACCCUCGUUCCCAUCGUCUGGCGACACUUCUUAUAUCCUCCUACUGGUCGCUCUGGUAUUGCAUAUCUUGCUCCUGCACCUCCCUCGACCUCCAAGCCCGAAUUUCUUUGUCAAUGCCCAUAUCAGUCUCCCAUUAUCGACACUCCUCUGGUAUGAAUUCACUAGGACAGUUUGUUCAGCCCUUGUUUUCUACUUUCCCGCCUUUCUUCUCUCAUGCUACCUCGUAUCACUAUCUUUGGCGGAUUCCAUUCCUCAUUUUCCACGGAUUCAGAAUCUCAUCGCAGCCCCUAUUGAGACGCGACAAGCCUUUGCUGUGCUAUGGGCUAUAGUGGUCUAUCUUAUAUGCGUCUCUAUCGGUUUGCUCGUGCUAUUCAGUGCAUCAUUGUUAUCCCUAUCUAAUCGCCCUUCGACCCCUUGGGACCGGUUCUCUCGGCCUGUCGGUCUACAAGCUCGCAGGAUCUUCAUUUUCACCGUCGCGAUGUAUAACACUCCCUACUUCUUUCCGCCACCAUUUAAUAUCAUUCAACUCAUCUUCAUUCGCCUACCAGUAAUCGCGCUCCACUUGGCAGGGCAGAAAGAGCCCCUCUUCAUACGCGUCGUGGAGAGUAUGCUUUGGAGGUGCACCGUCGGAUUAAUUUCAGGACCUUUGGCUGGAUUUUGGCUGUGGGCAAGGUAG